AUGACGCCUGACGAGACUGUUUUUGUUGCUGUCAGGCUACGGCCAUUCGUGGGCUAUGAAGCAAAGCAGCCGUGCUUUGCGGCUUCCAGGAAUGUCAUCUCUGUCCCUGGCCAGAAGAAGAAGACCGAAUUUGCAUUCGACUGUGUGAUGGACAGCACGGAUGCAUCCAAGGCAAGCUACGUAUCCCAAGAGAGAUGUUACGACAUGAUUGGGCGCCGAAUGGUGCAACAGUCUAUGUCAGGAUACCACGCGUGCUUGUUUUGCUAUGGACAAACCGGUAGUGGGAAGACAUACUCUUUCGUUGGCAAGAACAAGGAGGCUGAGAAAGGCUUGCUGCCUCGGAUAUUGAGCGACUUGCUGAACCAGAAUGAAUCACUUCGGAGCUCGGGACAGGUGCACUGCCGCGCACAAAUUCUGGAAGUGUACAACGAGAAGUUGCGCGACUUGCUGAAUGAUGCUUCUGCCAAAGCUCCCGAGAUUCACGUGCACCCGAGGGUGGGCGUGUAUGUUGAUGGAGCUGUUGAUGCGCCAGUUGAUACCUUGGAGCAACUUCAGACAUUGCUGGAUACUGGGUUGGCGAGGGCAAGUGUUGCAGCAACAGCCAGAAACUCCAAGAGUUCUCGUGGGCAUGUUGUUUUCCGACUCCUUGUGGAGAAUCAUGAAGAAGAUCACACAGUUGUGUCUUCUGAGCUCUUUUGCGUGGACUUGGCAGGGCGGGAGAAUGAGAAGACCACCAAGGUCACGGGCGAGAAUUUCAUCGAGCUGACCUUCAUCAACCGAUCCAGCCGGGCCAGCUUCCGGAAUUCCAAGCUGACGCUGCUGCUCAUCAACGCGCUGACGGGCAACUCAAAGACGAGCCUGCUCGCCACCGUGAGCCCAGCAUUGGUGAACUUGGAUGAGAGCAUGGUCACCCUCAACUUCGCGCAGACGGUGAAGAGCAUCAAGGUUGCUGCAAGGCGCGUCGCCAAGAUAGACAAGGAUGCCCUCAUCAAAAGCUUGAGCGAAGAGUUGCAGAGCUUAAAGGAGCAAAUCAAAAACGGCACGGCUACAGAAGGCCAAGAUUUGCACUCCCAGGCCGAACUCAUCCGAAACAUGAUGGAAAGCUACAAGGCGAGGUGGGAAGAAGCAAAGCAAACUGCCGAUUUGCUGCGGCAAAACCUCGCCAUCUCCAGGUGGAGAUUCGCCAAAGCCUCUGUCAAACACGAGCUUCGUGACGACGAAAAGCCAAACGAAGCAUCUGGCCAGGAAGCCAGUGAUCGAGUCCAGACAACCCACACUGACAAAGCCACGGCAAAUGAUGCAAAAGAUGCGCAGAACACAAAAUCUGCUCAACAAGCAUCUGGCCUCGGUGGCGUGGAAGCAUCUGUUGGUUCCGUUCGUUCUCUGCCGGCCACGCACCCAUCCAAUGC